GCCCCCCGCUGGCGGCGCGCCGCGAUGACGCCAUCGGGCGGCGCCGGCGGCUGUGGGGCGGCAGGAGGCGGCGGCGGCGGCGGAGCCCGGCCUCGCAGCCAUGAAGGAGGCGCUGGCGGCCCGGCAGCUGUGGGGGGGGCCCCGGGAGGCUCCCCCCGCUUCCCGCCGUGACCCACCAUGGGGGGGUCCCGCCGGUGCCCCCCCUGCCCCGCCCCCCCGACGCAUCCCCUCGGUUUGGGCCACGGAGGAGGAGGAGGAGGAGGAAGAGGAGGACGAUGAAGAGGAAGAGCCUCGGGGAGGGGGGGGGAGGCGUUGGGCACCCCCCCCCCCGCCGCCGCCACCGAAAUGGGGGGUGCCCCCCCCUCCUCCACCUCCUCCUCGGCCUUCCCCGCUCCCCACCCGCCGGCGGGGCCCCCCCCGGCGCCGGCUGCGGGCGCUGCGGGCGCUGCGGAUGCUGCUUUACGCCAAGGGGGGGGCUUGGGCCUUCCCUUGGAAGCGGGGACCCCGGCGGAGGGGGGGGGGGCCCCGCCGCAGACCCCCCCCUUCGUUGUCCCCGGAUGAAGAGGAGGAACGAGGCAGCGGCCGGAGGAGCUGCCCUCCCCCCCCCCGCCUCCCGGCCCUUCCCCCCCCGCCCCCCCUCGGCACCCCCUUGUUUGGGGAUGUGGAGUUCGGGGGGGACCCCGGAGGCGGGGGGGGGAUGGGGGGGGGCGCGGGGCUCGGCGGGGAUACAGCUCCCCUCCCCAAUGGUUUGGGCCCGGGGGCCCCCCCCACCCCCCCAGAAGCCGCCAUCCUCAUCAGCAAUGUCUGCAGCGUGGGGGGGGGCGGGGGGGAGCCCCCCCCGGAGCCCCCCAUUGCCCGGGGGGGGGGCCCCCAAACCAGCCCCUUGCGGGAGGAACACGUUACCUGCGUCCAGAGUAUCCUGGAUGAGUUCCUGCAGGCUUACGGCAGCCUCAUCCCGGUCAGUGCGGACGAGGUGGUGGAGAAGCUGGAGGACAUCUUCCAGCAGGAAUUCAGCACCCCCCAGAGGCGGGGCUCGGUGCAGCAGCUCCUGCAGUCCUACCAGCGCCUGCCCGGCACCGCGCUGCUCCGCGGCUUCCGCGUCAGCUACAAGCGCCACGUGCUCACCAUGGACGACCUCCAGACGCUCUAUGGGCCCAACUGGCUCAAUGACCAGGUGAUGAACAUGUACGGGGAUCUGGUGAUGGACGCGGUGCCCGAUAAGGUCCACUUCUUCAACAGCUUCUUCUAUGACAAGCUGCGGACGCGGGGCUAUGAGGGGGUGCAGCGCUGGACCAAGAACGUGGACAUCUUCGGGAAGGAGCUGCUGCUCAUCCCCAUCCACCUCGAGGUGCACUGGUCCCUCGUGGCUGUGGACGUCACCCGGCGCCGCAUCACCUACUUCGACUCCCAGCGCACCCUCAACCGCCGCUGCCCCAAGCACAUCUGCCGGUACCUGCAGGCCGAGGCCGACAAGAAGGAGCGCCCCGACUUCCGGGAGGGCUGGCGGGGGGCCUUCAAGAUGAACGUGGCCCGGCAGAACAAUGACAGCGACUGCGGGGCCUUCGUGCUGCAGUACUGCAAGUUCCUGGCGCUGGGGCGGCCGUUCAGCUUCACGCAGCAGGAUAUGCCCCAGCUGCGGCGCCUCAUGUACAAGGAGCUGUGUCACUGCAAGCUGGCCCUGUGAGGGGGGGCCCCAGCACCCCCCCUUUACCCCCAGCACCCCCCCUUGACCCCCAUUACAUCCCCCCCCCCCUUCAAUUGCCUCCCCCCCCCCCCCCCCGCCGGGCCGGGGGUGUUUGUACUGGGAAUAAAUGGUGGAGUUUGGA